AUGGCAGGUCUUGUAGGAUAUGCAAGCAGUGAUGAAGACGAUGAGAUUGAACAGGUAGAGAAGCCUGUAUCGGAACAAAAGGCACCUGUGACAAUCGCAGUCGCGACCGAGCCGAGGAACCAGGAAAAGGAACACGCGACUUCCUCUACUAAUUUACCAGAACCCGCACCUGUAUCUCAAAGCAACGAGCCUGUUGCUAUCGGCCCAGUUCAGCAGAAUGCUGUUCCCCUAGGACCAUCACUUCCACCUAUGGAAGAAGCUGUGAUCGACGACCAAGACCCUGCGCAAAGGCCCUCUUCACCAUACUCAGCAAAUCGUGCCCUUUUGCGCGAUCUCACACUUCCUUCGGCACCCAACUUGGACAUCCCGCCAUCACCGCCUGGCUCACCGCCGCCAGGGGCCAACAAGAAGUUCGAACAGUUUCUUGAGCUCAAGAAGAAAGGAACUCACUUCAACGCGAAGCUGGAGCAGUCAUCAGCCCUGAAGAACCCCAGUCUGAUGGACAAGUUGAUGAAAUUUGUCGACGUCGAUGAGCGGGGCCAGUAUUCGACUACCAUCAGCACUGAACUAUGGGACCCCAGUGCCUUUCCUGAAUGGGCGUUCAAGGACAAGCUGCGAAAAAGCCGCGAGAAGCUCGCAAAAGAGAAAGAGGCCGAAAAGACGAGCGGUGGCAGGACCGCCAUCGACUUUGUUCCAUCUACAAACGCACCGAGCGACAAUUCAGCAGUGACGGGUGGACUUUCUCGAGGCGAGAAGCGGAAAGGUGGUUGGAAAUAG